UCCAUUCUUCGUUGUAUCUUCUUACGUCCACAAUUUCGGUAGCAGAGUAGAGCAAAUAGCUGCUCAUUUUCAGGGUUUGCGAAACAAGCAAGAUCAAUCAUGAGAUCCUCUUGCUUUCAGGCAAUGCUCCUUGUGUCAGUUCUUCUAAUUCUUUCUUCUACUCAUGGAUCAGCCAGGAAAAUGACGGUGGAGACUUAUGGCUACCAAGAUGCUGCUGCCCCUGUUUCACAACUUUCACUAAAGGAAAACGCAAGGGAGAUUAUCCAAUUGGACUACGUUGAAGCAGGGCCAAACUAUAACUCAAGAGGGUCAUGUUUUGUGUGUCUCCACGACCCGGAAUUUUACGCACAAGUGCUCUACUACUAUCUUCCGUGGAAUUUGGGAAGCAGGUGGCAACUUUUCCUCAAGUACUCAGCUUCUUCCGUAGGAUUUCUUCGAACUCUCUUUUCCCACGUUUCUUGCAUUAUGGGAAGGGGCGGAGGAGGAGUUGGUCUUUGGUUGUACAAUAAUCUAUGCUCAGAAGACUUUUAG